CCCCGACUGAACUUUUGGCUGCUCUCAACCCGACAAUUCACCUGGGGUUUUGACAUUUAUUCAAUUCAAUUACCCUUUGCCGCAACUAUCGUCACAAUGGCUGGGAAUAACGUUUUCAGCACAUUCAAAUGGCUGUCUCGCAGCUCAAGGGGACUCCUUUCUGGGGCUGAAGCCACCACGCAACGAUGCCUUUCACGAUCGAUGGCCACGGAGUCGCCGGCCGCCACCACCGAGUAUCUUUCGAGAGAAGCCCUCCAAGCCAAGUGGGCUCCGAAGCCAGUCCUGGCGACAACCUACUCCUUCCCAACGAUGGAACCCGUCCAAUUUGUCGAAUACCCCCGAGACCACCUGCAGAUGCCUCUACGAAAAGACUUACUACACCGCGCGGUUGUAUAUGAAGGCGACAUGACCCGACAAGGUUCUGCAAGCACCAAAUGGAGAGGUGAUGUGCACGGAAGUAAUCGGAAGCUGUACGCGCAGAAGGGAACUGGAAGGGCGCGUGUUGGUGACAAGAAAUCGCCAAUCCGACGGGGUGGUGGUGUCGCUUUUGGCCCGCACCCGCGAGACUUUUCGUCUUCGCUUCCGCAGAAGAUUUACGACCAGGCCUGGCGAAUUGCUCUUAGCUACCGGUACAGGCGAGGGCAGCUCAUCAUCAUCGACAAUGAAAUUGGAAUUCCGGAAGACGCUACGCCGCACUUGAUCAAGGAGAUCUUCAAGGUCAACCGCUGGGGGAGGGAGUUUGGCCGGUCAACUUUGAUCACAGACAAGGUGCACGAGCACCUAUUCGACACGGUGGACGAAGUCAGCGCACACGCGAAGAUCCUGGACCGUAGCGACGUGGACGUGAAGGAUUUGCUGGAGACUGGCCGAUUGAUCGUGGAGAAGAAGGCUUUGGAUCGCAUUCUGUACCAUCACUCGCGGGAUUUGAGGAGCCAGCCAGCGAAGGCUACGUAUUAAUCAAUGUAUAGCGCCGGGUGCUUGGGAUACUUUCAUUUACUGGUCAAUUCGACUGGGUGUACAAAUAGAUAUUUUCAGUAUUGUAUGAAUCUUUGAGUUCUUUGCAUAUUCUACGGGGCUAGUACAUCAAGCACAUGCACUGUAUGAACAAUUGGUAUGAACUGUAUUUCUGUGAGAAACAGCCCGUUUAAGCCUGU